AUGGGAAGUGCUAAAUAUGAGGACCUUCCAAACUUGUUGUGCUCCUUGUCGGCCGCCACGUUGGAGCAUUUUUUUCUUCUGCACACAAACCCCAAUCGCAAGAAGUUGAAAAGUCCAAGUGAACGGUUCGAAAAUAUCUUUAUCGAACAUUGGAAUGAUGAAGAGGGUGCAAAAGAUGUUUUUUCCAGAACGAGGAGGGAUAUAAGGAAGCGUUUACAGCGGUACAUGCGCUCCUUCCGCAGUGCCCUCAGUCAUCCCGCUGUUCCUAUGAGGUGUGCAACCACCCAUCGUGAUGACAACAGCGCAACUGAUCUGUUGGACAAGUAUGUAACCACGGAAAAUGCGAGCAGGGGAAAUGCCCUCCAUACGUGCAGAGUGAAGAAGUCAAUAAAAUUAAGGAUCAUUGCAAAGCGGGGGAAGAAGCCAGGUGGUGGGAGACAACUGCGUAUGGAACGACGCGAUAGAACACGCCUUGGUAGGAGAGAGGCAAAUCCGAAGGAAGAGGAAGAAGACUCAUCCGACUGGAGUACUGACGUUACUUCGUUCCCUCUCUCCGAUGACACAACUGCGUCUUCUCACCGUGGUGACAGGGCAUGGAACAAGGUGCCUUCAAAAUGGUAUCACUUACAUUGUGUUGUUAAGAAGGAACAACCAGACGGUGGGGAGGCCCGCACCCCAUUCAGCCUAACCACGAAUGUGCCACUCGACGAGGUUAACAUUUCCGAGGAGCGAAGAAACAUGGCAACGUUCCGCAUAGAUUACGAGGAUGAUGGGGAGGAGCUAUCCAGUGCGGUGCAGUUGGGAAGGAGAUCCCACUACGGGCAUGCCUUAACGGGGAAAGUUGCAAAGUGGACCAAAUGGGUGCAGCCCCGAGGUAGUGAGAAUGGAAGCUACCUAGGAAGUAAAGACAACCCGUGGGAUUCUCCCCAGGAUAAUGCGACAGAGAGUUCUCUUCUCCCUCUGCUCGGUUCAGCCAAAAUUGACCUUAAAAGCGUCAACUAUUUCUUGUACAAAAAUUUGUACAGUCCAAUUAAGGAGCACUACGAUAACGUCAAUAGGAUCCUCGUGUGGUCCUUUUUGUUCAAGCAUAAUUUGCUAGCGUUUGUUUGUCUGUUGAAGUGCGCCAUGUUUUUCGAAACGGAGGGGAAGCACAGAGUUUUCUCAUCCCUCUUGGGUAGCAAGAAGGGCAAGUCGGACGGUCCGAACAGUGGCAUCUUCAGUAGCAACAAUUAUGAUGGUGAUCCCUCCUACGAUAGGCACGACGGUAUAGAUGCAUCUACCGCAGUAACGACGCAAUCCACGGGAAGACGUACAAAACUGCUUCACCACCGAGUAGACAGCUAUUGCUACACCGAAACAGAUGUAUGCACCAAGUUUGCGCACAUCCAUGUGUACAUAGAAAUUCCUCACCCGUUAAAUUUUUUUUUCGACGAAAGUGUUGUGAGGUGCUAUACCAGUGUGUAUAGAUUAACAGGUCUUCUGUACUUUACGCGUCAAAGUUUGAACGGUAUUUUUGGGAGUUUUAGGCGUUUUUCCAAGCCGCUGGUUUAUCAGUACAGAAGGAAAGACACUGAUUCAGGGGAAGGGAAGAUAAGGAAGGGGGAUGGGCACUUCCGCUCAAGCGACUUUAAGUUCAUGGAUGUGAUUAACAGUAUUGCACGGGGGAAUGCCUCCAGUGGGGAUAGUGAUGAGGAGCAGCUCAAUGGCACCCCUGUUAGGAACUGCCUGCUCUCAAGAAACACCUGCAACGCACACUUAACGGGGGAACGUUUCCUCAGCAUCGGAUUUGAUGUGCAUUUUACGCGCCAUCCAAGUUUGCAUAAAUUCGUCAGCCACGUAAGAAUUUUGAGUGAGUUAUUGAAAGACCUAAAUCAGAUAAGAGCAGAAAUGGACUUCCUUCUUGGCAGCAUUUACGACUACAUCGUCAACACGCAUAUCGUUCGGAGCUACUUUCUUUUUUUUAAUAAUGUGCUGAAGAUAGGAAGGUUUUCUACUUUGAUUGAAUUCCACAAAAGGCUAGCUGAGCAGCUGUAUCAUUUCUCCUUCUUGUCUUCUGAAUUUGCUUCUCUAAGCAGAAUUAUUUGUAACAUUGUUAACCUGGUGCAUGUGUUUAAGCGUAUUAUGGAUUCCUUAACGUGGGUCGAUGUGGAGGCGAAUGAACCCGUGAACUUUUUGCAGACCUUCCAAGAGCACACCAAGCAGUUGGAACGGAACAUCAUUCUACUCACUUGUGAAGAGGUCCAAGAGUUUAUCCGAUCCUUCUAUGCCAACAGGAACGAGUUAAUUCUGCACGUGCGGGAGUUUAGGAGCGGGCCCCUGGAGUGCAUCUACACCAGGUUUUUCUUCAACGGGUUCUACGCGCGCAUGGUUGGGGAGGACCACGAUGACUAG